AUCUGUCACAUCCCAAUGAAGCAGAGUGCGGAGGGUACCCAAGCUCAUUCGCAGAUCCAGGAGGGAGAAUACAAUCCUUUCGCCGAUCGUCCAUCCGCACCUCUGACCUCAGAUUUCGCUGCUUUCGUUCAUCUGCUCAAGUGCGCGAUCGGCACCGGUAUACUCUUCCUGCCCCACGCUUUCAGAAGAACCGGCUAUGUGAUGUCCAUCAUUUGCGGCAUCGUCGUCGGCGGGUUAUGCACUCACACGGCCGUCACCGUCGUGCAGUGCUCUCAGGCGUUAUGCAGGCGCAAUCGUGUGCCCAUGCUGGACUUCGCCAAAACGGCGCAGUUCUCCUUCCAGACUGGUCCGGAGAGGAUUCGAAAGUACGCCAGGCUAUUCGGCGUAGUUACCAACGUCAUCAUUUGCUUCGUACACUUUCAGGCCGCCGUGAUAUACAUCUUAUACGUGGCCACGUCGUUCCAACAGGUGAUAGAAUUUUUCUCGAGCCUUGAGAUGAAUCCACGAAUUUACAUCGUCAUCUUUUUUCCCUUCACCUGUGCCCUGGGUUUCGUGCCGAACCUGAAAUAUCUGGCGCCGUUCUCCGUUAUUGGCACUCUCUUCUUGAGCCUCGGUGUCUGCAUCGCGCUCUAUUACUUUUUCGACGAUAUUCCCGAUCCUCGUAGACUAAACGCUCUUACGGAGAUUCUACCUGUGCCCAUGUAUUGUGCUAUCUUUCUAUUUGCCUUACACAAUAUGACCCUCUAUCUGCCAUUGGAAAACACGAUGAGACAUCCCGAUCAUCUACCGCGCUUAAUAAUUGCCAGCAUGUUGCUGAACACUGUUAUAUACCUGACUUUUGGUUUCUUUGGCUACAACAAGUACCCGAAUGCCUGCGACACCGUCAUCAAGAAUUUGCCAUUGGAAGAAACCCUGGCUCAGAUAGUCAAGAUAGCCAUUUCUUUAUCGGUGCUGUUUACUUUGGGUUUGGCGUACUACGUUCCGAUCAGCAUCCUGUGGCCGAUGAUCCUUUCGAGAAUUGCCACGAAGAGCUCGCUGUAUCAUCGAUUGUACGAAAUCUCGCUCCGGUUAGGUGGCGUAAUCGGAACCAAGAAAGAGGAAUCGGCCACUGAUAUGAAGGAAUUCAGCAGCAGCACGAAAAUAGCUCCGAACAUCAUUGGCGAGUAUAAAGAAAAAGAUGAACUGUACGAUCCUUUCGAGCAUCGUGACAAGCGGAAUGCAACUUCGGAUCUAGGCGCCACGGCGCAUCUCUUGAAAUCCUCCCUAGGGACGGGGAUCCUGGCCAUGCCGAAAGCUAUUAAGAACGGAGGUGUGUUGUUCGGCGGAAUCGGCACGAUCAUAAUCGGUAUCAUUUGUGCCCACUGCGUGCACAUACUGGUGCGUACGUCUCAUGUGCUCUGUCGGCGUACUAAAACGCCGCAGAUGACAUACGCCGAUACGGCGUACGCGGCCUUUCUCUGCGGACCCAAGCCGAUCAGGCCCUGGGCAUUCGUCAGCAAGAUAUUCGUGAACACGGCGCUGUGCGCGACAUACGUGGGCGGUGCAUGUGUCUAUGUUGUGUUCAUUGCCGCGUCCCUUAAGCAGGUCACGGAUUUCCGCACCGGGAAGGAUAUAGAUGUACGAUUGUACAUCGUCUCGUUGAUCCCGGCAUUGGUGCUGCUCGGUCAAGUGCGCAAUUUGAAAUACUUGGUGCCGUUCUCGAUGCUGGCCAACAUUUUCAUGAUGAGCGGCUUCGCGAUCACGCUCUACUACAUCUUCAGCAAUGUUAAAUCGAUCGAGAAUGUCAAGCUGUUCUCGUCGGCCGAGCAGCUGCCCCAUUUCUUCGCGACUGUGAUAUUCGCCAUCGAAGGUAUCGGCGUUGUGAUGCCCGUGGCGAACAAUAUGAAGAAGCCGCAGCACUUCCUGGGAUGUCCUAGCGUACUCAACAUCACGAUGUCGAUAGUGGUGAUUCUGUAUGCGGUGAUGGGAGUGUUCGGUUACCUCAAAUACGGCGAGGCAGUGGAGGCCAGCAUCACGUUAAAUCUACCCAUCGAGGAAACUCUCGCUCAAGUAGUGAAGCUCCUCAUCGCCGCGGCCGUUCUCUUCACGUAUGGAUUACAGUACUUCGUACCGCUCGAGAUCCUUUGGAACGCCAUUAAGCCCAUGUUCAGCCACAAAUACGCGGCCAUCAGUGAGACGAUGAUGAGGAUAGGAAUGGUUAUGAUAACAGUGAUCGUAGCGGUAGCGGUGCCCAAGCUGGACCCAUUCAUCUCUCUAGUCGGCGCGAUUUUUUUUUCCAUCCUCGGCAUCAGCAUCCCAGCUGUCAUCGAGACAAUUUCGUGCUGGGAGAAUCAUUUGGGCACCUUUAAAUGGCGGCUAUGGAAAAAUUCCUUUCUACUUAUAUUCGCGUUAUUAGCGUUAGGAUUUGGUUCGUGGAUCUCAGUGAUAGAUAUAAUAGACUAUUAUAAGCAAGAAUAAAUUUUAUAUAAGUAUCUUUUUUCUCAAUUUUCCGAACAAUUACAGUCGACA